GCCCGCUCUCGCGAGAUCGGGAAAGGUUUCCGGUGUUGUGACUGCGGGAGCGUAAACAUGGCGGUGAGUCUCCGCGCCCGCUCGCUGAGGCACCUCCGCAUCCGAGGCCGGAACGACAGCGGCGAGGAGAACGUCCCUCUCGAUCUCACCCGAGACCCUUCCGAUAACUUGAGAGAGAUUCUUCAAAAUGUGGCCAAAUUGCAAGGGGUUUCAAAUAUGAGAAAACUUGGCCAUUUGAAUAAUUUUACAAAGCUUCUUUGUAAUGCUGGUCAUACAGAAGAAAAAUUAGGUUUUACUUAUGAAGAUAUCAUCAUAUGUUUGCGAUUAGCUUUAUUAAAUGAAGCAAAAGAGGUGCGAGCAGCAGGACUCCGAGCUCUUCGAUAUCUAAUCAGAGACUCCAGUAUUUUACAGAAGGUAUUAAAACUGAAAGUGGAUUACUUAAUAGCCAGAUGCAUAGAUAUACAGCAAAGUAAUGAAGUAGAACGAACACAAGCACUUCGUUUAGUCAGAAAGAUGAUUACAGUCAAUGCUUCAUUAUUUCCCAGUUCAGUUAUCAAUUCUUUGAUAGCUGUUGGAAAUGAUGGCCUUCAAGAGAGGGACAGGAUGGUUCGAGCGUGUAUUGCUAUUAUCUGUGAAUUAGCGAUUCAAAAUCCAGAAAUAGUUGCUUUCCGUGGUGGUCUAAGUACCAUUUUGAAAAAUGUGAUAGAUUGUCAAUUAAGCCGUAUAAAUGAAGCUCUCAUAACGACUGUUCUACAUCUUCUUAAUCAUCCAAAUACCCGACAAUAUGUGCGAGCUGAUGUGGAAUUAGAGCGGAUUUUAGCUCCAUACACGGACUUUCACUACAGGCAUAAUCCAGACACUGCAGAAGGACAGCUCAAAGAGGACAGAGAAGCACGGCUUUCUGCUAGUAAAAUGGGAAUUGUGGCAGCAUUUCGAUCAUGGGCAGGUAUAAUUAGUUUAUGUAAGCCUGGAAAUUCUGGGAUCCAAUCUCUUAUUGGAGUUUUAUGUAUACCUAACAUGGAAGUGCGGCGAGGCUUGCUUGAAGUUCUAUAUGAUAUAUUUCGCCUUCCUCUUCCUGUUGUGACAGAAGAAUUUGUAGAAGCACUUCUCAGUGUAGAUCCAAGCCAUUUUCAGGACAGCUGGAGACUUUCUGAUGGCUUUGUAGCUGCAGAAGCUAAAGUUAUAUUACCUCACCGAGCCAGAUCCAGGCCUGACCUCAUGGACAAUUACUUGGCCCUGGUUCUCUCUGCUUUCAUUAGAAAUGGACUCUUAGAAGGUCUAGUUGAAGUAAUCACAAGCAGCAAUGAUCAUAUAUCUGUCAGAGCAACUAUCUUACUGGGGGAACUUUUGCAUAUGGCAAACACCAUUCUCCCACAUUGUCACAGCCAUCAUUUACACUGCUUACCAACUUUAAUGAAUAUGGCAGCUUCUUUUGACAUUGUAAAGGAGAAGAGACUACGAGCCAGUGCUGCACUGAACUGCUUGAAACGCUUUCAUGAAAUGAAGAAAAGAGGACCUAAACCUUACAGUCUUCAUCUAGAUCACAUUGUUCAGAAAGCUAUGUCAACCCAUCAGCGAAGAGAUCAGUAUCGCGUGCAGAAAGAUAUCUUUAUUCUUAAGGAUACUGAAGAAGCACUAUUAAUGAAUCUGAGAGAUAGCCAAGUUCUUCAUCACAAAGAAAAUCUGGAAUGGAAUUGGAAUCUGAUAGGGACCAUACUUAAGUGGCCAAAUAUUAACUUAAAGACUAACAAGGAUGAACAGUUACACAGAUUUGUACGACGGCUGAUGUAUUUUUACAAACCUAGCAGUAAAUUGUAUGCCAAUCUAGAUCUCGAUUAUGCAAAGUCAAAACAGCUCACAGUUGUUGGUUGUCAAUUUACUGAAUUUCUCCUUGAAUCUGAAGAGGAAGGAAGACAGGAAGGAAAGAAGGAAGGAAGGCAGGUGCAACAAAAGCAGGAUGGGCAUGGCUACCUCGAAGAGUUAGUAAGAGAUAUUGUGCACUGGCUUAACAUUUCUUCUGGAAUGAAACCAGAACACAGUCUCCAGAACAAUGGGUUACUUAACACUCUUAGUCAGCACUACUUCUUAUUUUUUGGUACCCUCUCCUGUCAUCCUCAUGGAGUGAAAAUGCUUGAAAAGUGUAAUGUAUUUCAGUGUCUCCUUAAUCUGUGUUCCUUGAAGAAUCAAGAUCACUUACUCAAACUGACAGUUUCUAGUUUAGACUAUAGCAGAGAUGGUUUAGCAAGAGUCAUUCUUUCUAAAAUCCUAACGGCAUCAACCGAUAAUUGUAGGUUAUAUGCUACAAAACACCUCAGAGUACUUCUGAGGGCCAAUGUGGAGUUCUUCAGUAAUUGGGGAAUUGAGUUACUUGUCACACAACUUCAUGACAAAAAUAAAGCCAUUUCUUCUGAAGCACUUGAUAUCCUUGAUGAGGCAUGUGAAGACAAGGCUAAUCUUCAUGCCCUUAUUCAAAUGAAACCAGCACUUUCUCAUCUAGGAGACAAGGGUAUGCUUCUGCUGCUAAGAUUUUUGUCAAUCCCCAAAGGGUUUUCCUAUUUAAAUGAACGAGGCUAUGUAACAAAACAAAUGGAGAAAUGGCAGAAGGAAUACAAUUUAAAAUAUGUCGACUUGAUAGAAGAACAAUUAAAUGAAGCACUUACUACGUACCGCAAACCUGUUGAUGGUGAUAAUUAUGUUCGUCGGAGCAACCAAAGAUUACAGCGGCCUCAUGUCUACUUGCCAGUUCACCUCUAUGGCCAACUAGUACACCACAAAACAGGCUGUCAUUUGUUGGAAGCUCAGAGUAUCGUUCCCGACAUGAGUUACACUGUCCGUUCCCCCAUGCUGGAAAAGUGGGAGGGGAUUAAGCAACUAAAAGCUGCUCUUUGGGCACUGGGAAAUAUUGGAUCUUCAAACUGGGGAUUGAAUUUGCUUCAGGAAGAAAAUGUGAUACCUGAUAUAAUAGCACUUGCCCAGCAUUGUGAGGUCCUAUGCAUUAGAGGGACUUGUGUCUAUGUGCUUGGCCUAAUAGCCAAAACAAAGCAAGGCUGUGAUAUUCUGAAGCAUCACAAUUGGGAUGCAGUAAGACACAGUCGAAGGCAACCUUGGCCAGUUGUCCCCGACGAUGUGGAGCAACUCUGCAAUGAACUCUCUUCUAUUCCCAGCACACUUAGCUUGAAUUCUGAAUCUACCAGUUCAAGACAUAACAGUGAAAGUGAAUCUGCACCAUCAAGCAUGUUUAUCCUGGAAGAUGACCGGAUUGGGAGCACCUCCACUAGUACAUUUUUCUUAAAUAUCUCCGAAGAUGCAGAACAGAAUCUCUAUGACCAUACUGGGCCUGUGAAGGAUAAGGACCGCAAUCCCUUUCCCUUUUUCUCCUCCCGCAGACUUGUCAGGAAUCGCAUUUUGAAUUCUCUUACCCUGCCCAAUAAAAAGCUGAGGAGCAGCAGUGAUCCCAAAGGAGGCAAGCUGUCUUCCUUGGAGAACAAGAUGGGCUUAAGGCGAAACCGGACAGUAACAGAACCUUGCAGCAACAUGGAUUUUACUCGGGGAGAUGACUUUACCCCAGUGUUCAAAGUUCCUAAGAUUCACACUCUGAAACUAGAGACUUCAUUUGUUGGGAGCAAGCAUAACGAAGAUGCAGAGAGUACUCCAAGUCUUGGUGAAAAUGACCUUAAGCUUCCCAAAAGUCUUGGCCAUGAAAAUCAUCGGGAAAACUCCAGCCGAGAGAGACUAAUAGAAGUUUCCACACAGACUCAUUUCAAAAGUCGUAGUUUGAGUUUCAAUACAGACACGACCACAAGUGGCAUAAGUUCAAUGAGCUCGAGCCCUUCCCGGGAGACUAUGGGAGUGGAUUCUACCAACAUAGACACUGACUGUGGGAGCUUAAGUACUGUGGUGAGUACCAAGACCAUUAAAACAAUUCAGUGUUCAACCCCACAGUCUAACCACCUCCCUCUGUCAAAGUCAAAUUCUGUCUCCCUGGUACCGCCAGGGUCUUCGCACACGCUUCCUCGGAGAGCACAGUCACUAAAAGCGCCUUCCCUCGCCACUAUAAAAAGCCUGGCUGAUUAUAAUUUUAGUUACACCAGUUCUCGAGAUGCAUUUGGAUAUGCAACACUGAAACGCUUACAGCAACAGAGGAUGCAUCCCUCUCUGUCACAUUCUGAAGCCCUAGCUUCUCCAGCAAAGGACGUACUCUUCACAGACACAAUCACAAUGAAAUCUGGUAGUCUAGACUCUCGACUAACACCCAACCGAUUCAUGAGAGCUUUGAGCUAUGCAUCAUCCUUAGAUAAAGAAGAUUUAUUAAGCCCUAUAAACCAAAAUACAUUGCAGCGUUCUUCUUCUGUUCGUUCCAUGGUGUCUAAUGCUACUUAUGGUAGCUCAGACGAUUACAUUGGACUUGCUCUCCCGGUUGACAUCAAUGAAAUAUUUCAGGUAAAAGAAACCCCAUAUUUCCAGAAGAAAACAAUACUUUCAUUUGAUGAUCGGGGCACUCGAGUCUUUGCCCAGGAUGCUGCAGGUUUGCCUUGUGAGUCUGCUGAGUUUGUAAAGAGUCCCUUCCAGAUGCUUCGUCAGCAAAUAAGUCUUACGGAGAUUAUGAACACAAGCCGUUCAGAUGCCUCCCAGUUCCUAGAAAACAUGGAAGACACUGGACUCCAAGAACACACUGAAGAUAAUUGUCUCUAUUGUGUUUGUACAUACAUCCUAGAUUGCCAGCAUAAUAACAAACUGAACUCUGCAUAUAGUCACACAGAAUUUUCAGACAUUCCUUAUUCAGACUGGUGUGGAAAGGCUAUGCAUAAUCAUUUGGAUGUGGUUUCACAUUCCUCAAAGUUUUCUGGAAUUUCAGGAUGUAGUGAUGCUGUAUCCCAUGGAUCAGCUAGUAGUACCAAGAGUACUGAUCUCAUCAUAGGCAUGAAAUCAAUCCCAGAUGAUACUCCAGUAUGCCGCAUACUACUGAGAAAGGAAGUUUUGCGAUUAGUAAUCAACUUGAGUAGCUCGGUAGGAACUAAAGGUCAUGAAACCGGUCUCUUGACAAUUAAAGAGAAGUUUCCCCAAGCAUUUGAUGAUAUAUGCCUUUACUCUGAAGUAUCCUACUUGCUAGCUCACUGCACUUUUCGAUUGCCAUCUAGACGGUUCAUUCAAGAACUCUUUCAAGAUGUACAGUUUUUACAGAUGCAUGAAGAAGCAGAAGCUAUUUUAGUCUCACUGGCAAAUCAACAAACAGAUAGCCCAUCAACUGAAUCUUGACCUCUUGUUUUCCAUGAUGUGAUAAAUGUGAAGUUACUAGUAGUAUUCAAUAACACCUAAUUGACUGGGCAACAGAGAAGUAUCAUCUUCUGAAUUGUUCCAGGAAUUCUGGUACAUGAAAUUGGAUGCUCAGUUGUAGAAUUUUUCUUCGAUGGAACUUGCUUCCAAAGCCAUCUGAGCCCUGAGGAGAAUUGUUAAAACAACGAAAGUAACAAGAUAUGCAAGAAGAAUGAAGCACCAGACACUUAUAUAGGUUUUCAUUUCACUUAUUUUUAAAUGCAAUGUCACAAAAAUAGAGGACAAAUUACACGGGACCUGGUUUACAUGGUUGACUUUUGACUUCCGUUUUGGACAGAGUUGAUGCCUUGUUUGUUUACCCUGGAUUUGAGAGAUACGGUAUCUUAAUGGAGCAUGCUAUAACCAUGACAUCAGGGGAUUAAUUAGGAGAUUUCCUUGAUAUAUUUCUUAAUUUUUGUGAACACUACUUGGACAAUUUCUGCUCUCAGAGAAUCUUCAGUAGCUUUGGGAGUAACCUUAAGUUAUUUUAUUGUUGUAAUAUUAGCAGUCUGUCCAGUUUUGUUGCAGUUUCAUGUAAUUAUGUUAAACUGAACCAAUUAAUGAAUUUCACUACAGUUUUGAGUUUAGAAAAAAAACAACAAUUUGCUUGGAAUCAGAUUUACCUCCAUGUAAUGCAUGUAUUGUAAUGGGGGUGUUCUACAUUAAUGUUCAUCCAGUAAUUGAUAUGUCUAAAUGUAAAUCUUCAAAAACAAUAAUUUAUGUCAGGUAAAUCAAGUAAAAUUAAUACUUAUUGCUGCUUUUUAUCAAGAAAAAUGCAAAAUAAUAAUUUCACAUUCCAUGGCUUUAAAUUUACUCCUAAUAAUUUGCUUCAAUCAUACAGAUGAAAGAUUACUGGCAAGAUAAUACCAAUAAUUGUAGUGAAAAGCCUUAAACAUACAGCGUUGAAGUGCUAUAUUGCUAUAAUUCAGAGGUCUUUUUGAUAAAAUUAGCACAAAUUGUAAAAAUGAUUAUAUGUAAUUCCAUUCUCCCCCACAUCAAAUUUAUGCAAGUAUGAGGUUGAAACAAAUUGAAUUUAUUUCCAAAUUGAAAUGUCUCUUAGAAUCAAAUGACUUUUACUGUACAUACAAAUGUAUAAUUGUUUUGUUUACAAAACCUAUAGGGUUAUUUGGUCAUUUCUUGUAUAUGGAAAUAAUUCAGGUAGACUGAUGGAAUAUGUCCAUCAAAGUUUAUCUCCCCUUAAAAGUAUGCAAAAAUUUGCUUGUUAAGAUGAAAUUAGCUCAGUUUUACAUACAUUUUUAACUGAGCCCAAUUAACGUGUGUGUGUGUAUAUAUGUGUGUGUAUAUAUAUAUAUAUAUAUUGUGUGUGUGUGUGUGUACAUGUGUGUGUGUGUGUGUUUUCUGAUGUUUUCAUGUAGGUCUUUGGUUAUUCGG